GGGAAACGAACAUGAUGUCCAAGCCGUCGUGGAGUGAGCGAAGCCAGGACAGCCAUCGUUGUGAGCGAGGACAACCGCAACACGUGGCACACGGGAGCGGAGACACGUAAGUCGGUGUUCAUCAACAAUGGACCAUACGGGGGCGGAGGGACGGGAGGGAGGGGAACUGACAGUCCAGGAGAAGAGUUUGUUGGUGGCAUCAUUGGUCGCUGUGUGCCGCCAUCUCCAGACGGUGAACAGUGCGCGGCAGGGUUAUGCCAGACAGAAGGCGAGUAGGGAGGCAGCCAUCGGGCAGGCCCUGUUGGACGUGCAUUCCUCACCGGGUGUUUGGGACGCGCCAUUCCUCCUCAGCAAUGCCAUCACCGCAGGGGUGCUGCCGAGAGAGACUCCACGAUGGUGGGUAAAGCGCAGGACAGGUGGCACAUGGAACGACCUCGUCAUCUCAGACGAUGCGACAGCGGACUAUUAUCAUGACAAGCUGCGCAUGUCGAGGACCGUCUUCAAUGACAUCGUUGCCGCCUGCGCUCCUUUCCUUCAACAUCAGCUAACCCACUACCGCGAGCCGCUCCAGCCGGACCACAUAAUCGCGUACGCGCUGUAUAGGCGGGCAACAGGUGAGACUUACGAGAGCAGCACGUCGGCGUUCAGCAUUGGAAGGGCGACGGGCAUGAACACCGUGAGGGACGUGACCAACGCCAUCUUGGCAGCCUACCCGGACAAGAUCGCCAUGCCGACAGGCAGACGUCUUCUCCAAAUUCUGCGCGUUUUCGCGGGAAAGGGCUUCCCCAAUUGCAUGGGUGCAAUCGAUUGCACCCACAUUUAUGUCGAUAAACCUGCAAAUGCGCCAUCCAAGAACUACUUUGAUCACAAACAGCAAUUCUCCGUGGUGGCGCAGGUUGUUGUCGACUUGGAUAUGCGCGUGUUGGACGUGUUCGCCGGUUACCCCGGUAGCGUCCACGAUGCGCGCGUUCUGCGGAACUCAUCUCUCUUCAAACGCACCGAAGCAGGGGACAUUUUCAACGAUGACGUGGUCUCCCUGCCAGGUGGCGUCACAACUACAGGCUACCUGCUCGGGGACAACGGUUACGCUCCGCGUACGUGGAUUGUAGUUCCUUAUGGGGGAUUCAACCAGACCGGGGACGUCGCCCUAUUCGACACAAGGCAGAAGACGACGAGAGGGGUGGUGGAGAGGGCGUUUGGAAGGCUGAAGGGUAUGUGGAGAUUAUUCCUUCGUCACCACAAGACGAAUAUGGAAUACCUCCCUCAACAGUUUAUGGCCGUGUGCAUUGUGCACAAUCUUCUCCUCGAGGCUGGCAUUGACAUGGACGAGGGGUUGUUGAUGGAACCCGAUUCGAACGGGAAUCCGGUUCCGAUUGACCUUGGUCUGCAGGACCUGAUCCAUCCAGUGUCCCAGGCCGACGUCACGGAGGCCGCUCUCGCUCUCCGUGACGCACGCCGCCUUCGCAUGGAGCAGUGAGCACGUCCUUCGUGUUUGGCAGCUUGCAUUUCAUGGCGGAUGCACUUUGAUGUAUGACGAUCGAAACACGGUCAGGGUUUUGUAGGUUGUGCCGCCCGCCAGUCAAUCCUUCGCCAUUUGGCGAAGGAAUCAAUGCUGGCGGGGUAU